ACACUAUUCCAUAUUGCAACUCGAUCGUGCGUGUUCUGUAUUUUUGCGAAUUCGUUGUGUGAAAUUUCGCCACAAACAAGAUCCGCCGUUCUGGAAAGAAAAUUAAAACCACAAAAAAUAAACUUCCAAUAGCCUUCGCGUGUUGUGUGUCUUGCCGUGUGCGUGUGUCAGCGUUCAGCAGUGUGCGUGUGUGUGCGACAGAGAGAGGGCGAGCGGUGCAGCCGCAACUGGGAAAUUCGAUUGCCAAUAUUUUAGCAAAAUAGCAAUGUCGAGCGGUCAGCAAUUGAUGGCCGAUUCACCAGCCUGCAGUUCCACUGACCAUUCGCCUGUGUCAAAAAAAAGGCGAUUGGAGUUGUUGAAUGAUGGAGAGGGGGUGAUGCGAAUGGAAGAGGAAGAAGCCGGCGGAGCAACGAGCAGCAGCAACAACUGCGAAAAUCACGACAAAGCAGGCGGCGUUGACAUUUCGAGUAAGUGCCAGAGUGAGACGACUAGUGAGCGCCAGCUGGAAUUGUGCGUAUCGUCGUCCACCUCUGACACAUGCGACGUAAAUGCGACGACGAAGCGGGCCGAAAAGCAGAGACCGAAACAGAAUCAGGGAAGCGGCGACGACGUUAGUACCUCGUCAGCAGUGGAAAAGGAAGGAAGCAAGCGCCCGGAGAAGCGCCAUUACCUGGACACCACCACAGUAGAAUCGCAAGAAGCCUCCUCCAGUGGAUCCACCACCAACAGCAACAACAAUAAAGUCAGCUCCAGCAACAACAAUAGCAGUAAUAACAGCAGUAGCAAUAACCGACAACUGGAAGGAAGCAGCAGCAACAUGACUGGAAACAGUGCCGCCGCCGGCGGAGAUAUCGAUGAAUCGCUGUACUCGCGCCAAUUGUACGUCCUGGGUCAUGAUGCUAUGCGCCGGAUGGCCAAUUCGGAUAUCCUGUUGUCGGGACUGGGAGGACUCGGUCUGGAAAUUGCCAAGAAUGUGAUUCUAGGCGGUGUGAAAUCGAUCACCCUGCAUGACACAGCAACUUGUGGGCUCCAUGACUUGUCAUCGCAGUUCUAUCUCACGGAGGCUGACAUUGGCAAGAAUCGGGCGGAGGCCUCCUGCGCCCAGUUGGCCGAGUUAAACAGCUAUGUGCGCACUCUUUCGCACACGGGACCACUCACCGAUGAGUUCCUGCUUCAGUUCCGUGUGGUGGUUCUCACCAACUCGGAUGCAGAGGAGCAGCAGAGAAUCGGCAAGUUUGCCCAUGAAAAUGGCAUUGCUCUGAUCAUCGCUGAGACUCGCGGAUUGUUUGCUAAAGUAUUCUGUGACUUUGGAGAGAACUUUACCAUCUACGACCAGGAUGGCACUCAGCCGGUGUCCACCAUGAUUGCCAGCAUAACGCACGAUGCACAGGGAGUGGUUACCUGCCUGGACGAGACGCGACAUGGCUUCAACGACGGCGACUACGUUACCUUCUCUGAGGUGCAGGGCAUGCAGGAGCUGAACGGCUGCCAGCCACUCAAGAUCACCGUUUUGGGACCGUACACCUUUAGCAUCGGCGACACCAGCAAGUUUGGAGAAUAUAAGAGCGGCGGAGUGGCCACGCAGGUCAAGAUGCCUAAGACGAUCAGCUUCAAGUCCCUGGCGCAGGCCACCGAGGAGCCGGAAUUCCUGAUCUCCGAUUUCGCCAAACUGGAGUCCCCAGCUACGUUGCACGUCGCUUUCAGUGCACUCUCCUGCUACCGCAAGGCCCACAAUGGAGGGUUGCCGCGGCCGUGGAACGAGGAGGACGCCAACAGUUUCCUCGAAGUGUGCCGGGCCAGCAGUAGCGCAGAAGUAGACGAAAAGCUGGUGCUUCAAUUCGCCAAGAUCUGCUCGGGCAACACUUGCCCGCUGGAUGCAGCGGUUGGUGGAAUUGUGGCCCAGGAAGUUCUCAAGGCCUGCAGUGGAAAGUUCACCCCAAUUUUCCAGUGGUUGUACUUUGACGCCCUAGAGUGUUUACCGACGGAGGGCGUUACGGAGGAGGAUGCCCAGCCCGUGGGCUCGCGUUACGAUUCCCAGAUUGCCAUCUUUGGCAAAAAGUUCCAGGAGAAGCUGGCCGAUUCCAAGUGGUUUAUUGUCGGCGCCGGAGCCAUUGGUUGUGAGCUAUUGAAAAACUUUGGAAUGCUGGGUCUUGGCGCUGGCAAGGGUCAGAUUUUCGUCACCGACAUGGAUCUGAUUGAGAAGUCGAAUCUUAACCGGCAGUUCUUGUUCCGGCCGCAUGACGUACAAAAACCGAAAUCUAUGACGGCCGCAGACGCCAUAAAACGCAUGAAUCCAGAUGUGAAUGUCACCGCCUUUGAGUUGCGUGUUGGCGCCGAAACAGAGAAGGUAUUCUCCGAAGACUUCUUCGGCAAACUGGAUGGAGUAGCCAAUGCGCUGGACAACGUGGAUGCUCGUAUCUAUAUGGACCGCAAGUGCAUCUUCAACCGCAUCCCGCUGGUCGAGACCGGAACACUGGGAACCUUGGGCAACGUCCAGGUGAUUGUGCCCUUCGCCACCGAGUCGUACAGCUCUUCGCAGGAUCCGCCCGAGAAGAGCAUUCCCAUUUGCACGCUGAAGAACUUCCCCAACGCCAUAGAGCACACUUUGCAGUGGGCGCGAGACGCUUUCGAGGGAGUCUUCAAACAGUCGGCAGAAAACGCUGCUCAGUACAUUGCUGAUCCUCAGUUCACCGAGCGAAUUGCUAAGCUGCCGGGAAUACAGCCCCUGGAGAUCCUGGAUUCUAUCAAGAAAGCUCUGAUCGAUGACAAGCCCAAGAGCUUCGCACACUGCGUGGAGUGGGCCCGUCUUUACUGGGAGGAUCAGUAUGUCAACCAGAUCAAGCAGCUGCUUUUUAAUUUCCCACCCGAUCAGAUCACCUCCAGUGGUCAGCCGUUUUGGUCCGGACCCAAACGGUGUCCUGACCCCCUGGUCUUUGAUGUCAACGAUCCCAUGCACCUGGACUUUAUCUACGCUGGAGCCAAUCUGAGAGCAGAGGUUUAUGGCAUUGAACAAGUGCGUAAUCGCGAGAAGAUUGCGGAGCUGGUGCAACAGGUUAAAGUGCCAGAGUUCAAGCCACGUUCAGGUGUGAAAAUCGAGACCAAUGAGGCAGCUGCCGCCGCCUCGGCUAAUAACUUUGAUGAUGGCGAAUUAGACCAGGAUCGUGUUGAUAAGAUCAUUACGGAGCUGCUCAAGAAUGCCGACAAGACCUCCAAUAUCACGCCGCUGGAGUUUGAGAAGGAUGACGACAGCAACUUGCACAUGGACUUCAUUGUGGCUUGCUCAAACCUGCGUGCCGCCAACUACAAGAUCCCGCCAGCCGAUCGCCACAAAUCCAAGUUGAUUGCAGGCAAGAUCAUACCUGCCAUUGCCACCACCACGUCGGUGCUUUCUGGGCUGGCUGUGCUCGAGGUGAUAAAGCUGAUUGUCGGACACCGAGAUCUCGAAAAGUUCAAGAACGGCUUUGCCAAUCUUGCGCUACCUUUCAUGGCAUUCUCGGAGCCUCUGCCCGCUGCCAAGAACACCUACUAUGGCAAGGAGUGGACGCUCUGGGACCGUUUCGAGGUGACCGGCGAGCUUUCCCUGCAAGAGUUCCUUAACUACUUCGAAGAGAACGAGAAACUGAAGAUCACAAUGCUGUCCCAGGGCGUUUCUAUGCUUUACUCCUUCUUUAUGCCUAAGGCCAAGUGCUCUGAGCGUCUGCCGCUGCCCAUGUCUGAGGUAGUGCGUCGCGUGUCCAAGCGCCGUCUCGAAUCGCACGAGCGGUCCCUUGUUUUUGAGAUCUGCUGCAAUGACGUCGAUGGCGAGGAUGUGGAGGUACCCUAUGUCCGCUACACGCUGCCCUAAGCCCAUAUAUAUUCCUAAUUUAACCAUUAAAUUAUUUUACGAUCCCGUUUUGUUGUUGUCGCCGCGUUUUGGUAUCGCGCAGCUCUAACGCAAAGUUAAUGUCUAGCUGUUUGCAUUUUAAUUUACACAACACCAUUACGAGGAGCAGCCCAGAUCUAGAAAUUAUAUAUUAUGUGUGUGUAUCCUCUAAGGAAUGGCAAAUGAAUUCGCAUCAUACGAAAUACAAAGACUCGACUUAAAGCAAAAACUUAACUGCAUCUGAAGAAACUCUCUGCUCAGCAUAGUUGUAAAAGUAACGAAUUACGGAAAACUGAACGCGGAUUUUAAUCGCAUUGAGUAAUUGGAAAUUGAAAUCUGAAUGAGCCAGGCUGAAAAUUUCACACUUCACUCAUAUAUUUUUUUUAUAUGAAAGUAUAAACUAAUUACGUCAUUGUAUUAAAAACGGAGUAAAGCAAAUGAAUAAAGCUGUAUAUUUCAUAUGGUAA